AGAGUGAGUCACGUACGCGCUCCAUACCAGGCGGACGGCUGGAGUCCGGGGCUUAGCGAACAGUUGUGGAGGCACCAUGGGAACCAGCGUGGAGGUGCCGCACUCGGCGGCCCGGCCGCUGCCCUGCCCGGAGAUCCCGGCCUUCGCGGCCGCCUGCCGCCUAGUGCGGAGCCGCUACUCGUGCCUGGUGGCGGCGCCGCAUCGGAGGCACAUCGCGCUGGCGCCGCGCUACCUGAACCGGAAGCGCACCGGGAUCCGCGAGCAGCUCGACAGCGAGCUGCUGAGAUACUCGGAGAGCCUCAGCGGUGUGCCAGUGGCUUAUGAUAACAUCAGAGUAGUGGGUGAAUUAGGUGAUAUUUAUGAUGACCAAGGAUUCAUCCAUUUUAACAUUGAAGCAGAUUUUGUCAUUUUCACCCCCAAGAAAGGAAAAAAGCUUGUGGGUGUGAUCAAUAAAGUGGCCCCAAGUCAUAUUGGCUGUCUGAUACAUGGGUGUUUCAAUGCUUCCAUUCCUAAACCUGAUCGAAUGUCAGCUAUAGAGUGGCAAGACCUUGGCUUAAAAAUAGGAGAUAAACUGGAAUUUGAAGUGGUGCAUUUAGAUUCCGAUGCUGCUGGAGUAUUCUUCAUUCGGGGGAAACUGAAUAAAGACAGUAUGCAAUCCAAAUAUCCUGAAUCAGUAACAGAAGAUACAAACAGUAUAGAUGAAAUACCAAAGAAGAAACACAAGAAAAAAGACAGAAGGAAUUGUGAGUUAGAAAAUGACACAGAGGUUACAGACAAUGCAGAUACUACUGUGGUGGAAGAUGCAGAAAAGCAGAAUGCUGAUACAGUAAAUGGAUUUUAUGAUAAAAAACCAAAGAAGAAGAAAAAACAUAAGCAAGAAAAGCAGAAACCUGUAUUUUAUGGAAGUGACUGUAGUGGUUACCCGAGUGACCAUAAAAAGGUUAAGAGAAAGAAAAGAGAACAUCAUGAUGUAGAUGAAGAAAGUGAAUUAUCUCAAUUGUCACAAGAACCUAAAGCCAAAAAGAGAAAGGAAUGACAAAUGGACUGAAGAGUCCAAAAAUCCCUUGCUUGAAUGUAAGAUUGUCAUCUUCUUUCAGAAGUACUUGAUAAACUUCCAGUAAAAUCAUAUUUUCAAUUUGUGUAUUUCAGCUUUCAUUUAUAUUACAGUAGCACUUAGAAGUCCCAACCAAGAUCAAGGCCCCCUUAUGCGAGGCAAUGUAUAUAUACUCAUACUAUAUUCUUAAGAGCAGGUUAGACAAACACCUGUCGGGGAUGGUCUAGAAGAUAAUACUUAGUCCUGCCAUGAGUGCAGGGAACUGGAAUAGAUGAUCUCUUGAGGUCCCUUCCUCUGAUUCUAUACAUCUUUCAGGAUAGGAGAUGCCUCUUACUCUCCAGAGAUAAAACAAAGGAUGGGAAAGAGGCAGUACAUAUUCCUGUUUUACAGAUGAGGAAAUGAGGUACAGAGAUUAAGUGUCCUGCCCAAAGAGAUACAAGAAGUGUUUGGCAGAGCUGGGAGGUGAACCAGAUGUCUUGAGUGGUAGUCAGCGCCUUAACUACAAGAACAUGUUUCUUUUGUUAGUGAAAUUAAACGUGGUAUUCAAAUGCAGGCUUUAAGUCCUUAAAUUUAGUAUUUUUAAUGCCUCCAAGCAAACUUUUUAUUAAAAAAGGAGGUUUAAGGUCUAGAUUCUAAUGAAUAUAGUGAACAUAGUGCUUAAGAUGACUUCUUACAUUUCAGAGUGUACAAGCAUGCCAGGGAGUACUUGAAACGUUUGCAACAAAAUUUAUGGUGUGCUACUCUAAAUGGAAAAACAUCUAUUUGGAGAACUGGUCAUGUUGUAUUCGAGGUCUGUUGGGGGUGUAGGGAAGAUUAGGUUGUUAGUUUCACAAUAGUGCAGUUCACUCCAUUUUCUUACUCUCUGGCUCCAUUUCCUUGUUAAUUAGAUCUCACUGGACUUCCAUUGAGAGACUAACAGUUUUAUCAGAUUGUAACUCAUCACCAGGAUUCUUAGUUUUCCAUGAUUAAUGAACAAAAAUUCUCUGAUAAACAUGAAAAUCUGUGUUUUUUCCAUGAUUAAAAUGAAAAAAAAUCUUAUAUAAUGAAACAAUAUUUGAACAGUGUUCUAAGUUUACAAUUUUUAAGCAAGUUCAAAGCCUACUGGUGUCAUCACUCAUAAUAGAAUAUUAGAAUUUGUAUUUUACAUAUACCAAAUGCUUCUAUGUCUAUUCUAUAUUUUCAGGAUUUUUUUAAAUGCACAAAAAAUUAAGCAAAAUUACUUUUAUAUUAAUAUCACUCACUUUGAGUUAGUCCUGGUUGUUAAAAAUAGAGUUACAGCAUUCCAGCCACAUUUUCGUCUUUCAGACAUUGGCGCAGAGCAGAGAAAAGAACCCUGAGUUUGCUGAAACUUCUUUCCACAUCAGCUGAAUUUACAGUCAGUUGGAGGAGAACCAUUGCAUCUUUUUUGCCAGGUUAGGAAUACGAUCUUCAACAGCCAUCCAGAAGUAAAUGGGAUCCUCAACGUCUCCAAAUUAAGUCUUUGACAAUCCCUAAAUCCACUCAGACAGCUUUAAUUGUGGUUUCACAAUCUUUGUAUAGGAUCCAGUGCAUGAACAGCAUGGAGAAAAUUAAGUGCUGGUUGUUUAUUUUUUAGCUUGAACUGAGACAGUACAUCAGCAGUGCUUUGAGCAGCUGCAGAUCUAUUUGCAUUUUCAGUUGAUGCAAGAUGCUGUAACCAUGAAAUUAAAUCCAGAAAAAUGUACACUUUGUGCAUUUGUAAAAAGCAACAGAGGGUCCUGUGGCACCUUUAAGACUAACAGAAGUAUUGGGAGCAUAAGCUUUCGGGGGUAAGAACCUCACUUCUUGCAAGUGCCACAGGACCCUCUGUUGCUUUUUACAGAUUCAGACUAACACGGCUACCCCCCUGAUACUUUGUGCAUUUGGUAUUUUUAGGACUGCAAAACAUCCAGUACUAUCACCAAGUGUCCGCAGUUCUCUGCAAUGUAUUUCGGGUCUGCAUGCACAUCAGCUGCUAACAGGCAAGCUAGUUUCUGCUGAACAGAUGUAUCCCCAUGUUCCAUUUGUUCAUGCUCCUUGAACCCAUGGUAGAACUGGUAGUACUGUACAUGGUAUUUUAUAUAAUUGAACCAUGUAUUCCACCUGGUCCCAAUUGGUUCAGUUGGAAGUGUUGGCAAAUCAACUCUCUAUUUACUCAGGUAUCUCAAGUAUCGUUUACGACAAGCUGGAGAUUUCACUAAAAUUGACUUCAUCUCAAAGCGAUCCACUUAAAGCUAUCUCACCAAAUAUUUCCUGCCAGAGCGACUAUAUGUGCAUAGCAAUGAAGACGAACACAGUUUGACCACAGGUUGCAAAGCACAUCAUUUCAAGCCUUUGCCAUGUAGCUCGUACUGUCUGUUAUAAAUGCUAAUAUUCGAUCAAGUGGUUGGAUGCUGAAUUCCAUAACACAAGAAAUCAAGGCUUAUGAAACGGGGUCAUAUAUAACUUUGCUGAGGUACACUGUCUUUACAAGCUGUGGUGUGGUAAUGUCAGCAUGCUUUAGGAGAAUCUACCUUGAGCACCUGAAAUAAAAUGUUGAAAACUGG